GAUAUCCUCUAAUGCAGGGUGCAUGGGGGACAUAUAUAGUACAUGCAUGGGUGUCCUUGGGGAAACAGAUGAGUGAACUUUGCAGGGUGCAGGGAACCCUGAUAUUGGAAUCCUACAGGGUAACUGGGAGGAGGAGGAUCUGUAAAUGCAUCCAUAUAGGAGGGACCCAUUAUAGUGAACCAGAGGGCUUUAUUCGGAUCUUGAAUGGAUUGAGGAUCCAUGAGGUUUGGAUGCAUACUGCAUUUAUGUGAAUGCAGGGUCUGGGGAGUGCGAUAUUUUUCAGCCGCUGAUAUUCCUGAAUGCAGGGAUCAGAUAUAGACAUAGUGAUUCCCACUUGUCACUUGACACGUUUUUAUGAAUGGACUUACAGUGGACAGAUAUAUCAGGGUUUUAUGAUCAGAUAUAGUGAAUGAAGGGUCUGGGGAGAGCGGAUAUAGAGAAUGCAGGGUCCGGGGAGACCAGAUAUAGUGAAUGCAGGGUCCGGGGAGACCAGAUAUAGUGAAUGCAGGGUCCGGGGAGACCAGAUAUAGUGAAUGCAGGGUCCGGGGAGACCAGAUAUAGUGAAUGCGGGGUCCGGGGA